AUGAAAAUAAGGGCUUCCGUUCGUAAAAUUUGUGAAAAAUGCCGACUGAUCCGUCGGCGCGGACGAAUUAUAGUGAUUUGUUCCAAUCCGAGACAUAAACAGAGACAAGGAUAA